AAUUUGGAGCGCGGGGGCGGGAGACUGGCCGGGAAGGAAGAGGGACGUCCGGAAAGGCGAGGGGAAGGAUGGAAGAAAGGAUUGGGUGACAAAGGCAGUGGGUGUCAGGUCCCGGGCUCGGCACCCCUGUGCUGAGAAACUAGCGGCCGGGUCUUGGUACGUCUCCUGUGCUGGUGGGGAAACUGAGGCCCAGAGAAGGGCAGCAGAGUUUUUUAGAUGGAUGCCUAACUCAUUAAUUUGCUGCACCCCCUUUUUACAAAAAUUUCCUUCAUACAUGCAGAGCAGUGCGAGAAGAAUGGGCAUCAUGACUGAUGUCCACCGGCGAUUCCUCCAGCUGCUGAUGACUCAUGGUGUGCUGGAGGAGCGGGAUGUUAAGCGCCUGCAGAAGCACUGCUAUGAGGUCCAUGACCGCAAUGCUACUGUGGAGAAGUUGGAGGACUUCAUCAACAACAUUAACAGUGUCCUGGAGUCCUUAUAUAUUGAGAUAAAGAAAGGAGUCACAGAGGAUGACGGGAGACCCUUUUAUGCACUGGUGAAUCUUGCUACAACUUCAGUUUCCAAAAUGGCAACGGAUUUUGCGGAGAAUGAACUGGAUCUGUUUAGAAAGGCUUUGGAACUGAUUAUUGACUCGGAAACUGGCUUUGCAUCUUCCACAAACAUUUUGAACCUGGUCGAUCAACUUAAAGGCAAGAAGAUGAGGAAGAAGGAGGCUGAGCAGGUGCUGCAGAAGUUUGUGCAAAACAAAUGGCUGAUCGAGAAGGAAGGGGAGUUCACCCUGCAUGGCCGGGCCAUCUUGGAGAUGGAGCAGUACAUCUGGGAGACCUAUCCCGACGCCACGAAGAUGUGCAAUAUCUGCCACAGACUCCUCAUCCAGGGUCAAAGCUGCGAAACCUGUGGGAUCAGGAUGCACUUACCUUGCGUGGCCAAGUAUUUCCAGUCGAAUCCUGAGCCACACUGCCCGCACUGUAAUGAUUACUGGCCCCAUGAGAUACCAGAAGUCUUUGACCCUGAGAAGGAGAGGGAGGCUGGUAUCUCCAAGUUGAACAAAAAGUCCUUGCGGUCCAGGCAGCAUUAGCUGAUGUGUCCUGCUGAAGGGCUCGCCGCCUUCUGUGACCUGAGCGAUGCCACCCAGUCUGGAUGAGACUCGUCAGCGUUUCAGGCCGCACAUGAGCCACCUCCCUUGCUCUUUAUGUUUGUUAGUGGCAGGUUUGGAAUAAAAGUAUUCAAAGGA